AUGUCUCUUUCUCACUGCGGGCGCCUUGCGCGCCUCUCUCUGGGCAGUGUCCGCCCGGCCUUGGGUGUUUCUCCUCGUGCCUUCGUCUCCCGACCCAGCCCACUCGUGCGGGGAGCUGCUUCAUCCAGCCGGGAUGCGCAACACAAGCUUCUCGCGUCUUCUCUCCAAGAUUCGGAUCCCGCUGUAUACACCAUCUUGCAGAAGGAGAAAAAACGCCAGCAGCACUUCAUUAACCUGAUUCCAUCUGAGAACUUCACCUCACAAGCAGUUCUCGAUGCCCUUGGCAGUGUGAUGCAGAACAAGUACUCCGAGGGUUACCCCGGUGCCCGUUACUAUGGAGGAAACGAGCACAUUGAUGCAUCUGAGCGUUUGUGCCAACAGCGUGCUCUCGAAACCUUCCGAUUGAACCCCGAGGAGUGGGGUGUGAAUGUGCAGCCUCUCUCCGGAUCACCUGCCAACCUCUACGCCUACUCCGCCGUCCUGAACACCCACGACCGAUUAAUGGGUCUCGAUCUGCCCCACGGCGGUCACUUGUCCCACGGAUACCAGACUCCUACCAAGAAGAUUUCUGCUAUCUCAAAGUACUUCGAAACUCUGCCAUACCAGUUGGACGAGUCCACCGGAUUGAUUGAUUAUGAUGGACUCGAGAAGCAGGCAAAGCUGUACCGCCCCAAGCUGAUUGUGGCCGGUGCUUCUGCCUACAGCCGUCGGAUUGACUACCCUCGCAUGCGCGCGAUUGCGGACUCCGUGGGAGCUUAUCUGCUGACUGACAUGGCUCACAUCUCUGGUCUGGUGGCUGCCGAUGUGAUGCCCUCUCCAUUCCCAUACUCUGACAUUGUAACCACCACUACUCACAAGUCUUUGCGUGGCCCCCGUGGUGCCAUGAUCUUCUACCGGAAGGGUGUUCGCAGCACUGAUAAGAAGGGCAAUCCAGUGCUGUAUGACCUCGAGAACCCCAUUAAUGCCUCUGUUUUCCCCGGUCACCAGGGAGGACCCCACAACCACACCAUUACCGCGCUGGCCGUGGCACUCAAGCAGGCUCAGUCCUCGGAAUUCAAGGAAUACCAGAAUGUUGUUCUGGCCAAUGCGCAGGCGCUCGCCGAACGCCUGGGUGAGUCAACUAGCAACGGUGGACUCGGCUAUAACAUCGUUUCCGGUGGUACUGACAACCACCUGGUCUUGGUGGACCUGAAGAACCGUGGCGUAGAUGGUGCUCGUGUUGAGCGUGUCCUAGAGCUGUGUGGCGUUGCUAGCAACAAGAACACCGUGCCCGGUGACAAGUCCGCCUUGAAGCCCGGUGGUCUGCGCCUGGGAACCCCAGCCAUGACCUCGCGUGGCUUCCAACCAGAGGACUUCCGCCGUGUUGCUGACAUUGUUGACCGUGCUGUCACCCUGACCCAGAAGCUCGACAAGGCUGCUCGUGAGCAGGCCCAAGCCAAGGGUGCGAAGAACCCAGGAACCCUCAAGGCAUUCUUUGAGUUCUUGGGCGAGGGUGAGGAGGUAUCCGAGCUUGUGCUCCUCCGGCAAGAAGUGGAAGACUGGGUUGGCACUUUCAGCCUCCCAUGGGCUAAGGAGUAG